AUGAGCAAGAAAAAGACUCGUGUCGAUAACUUGGCAUCCCGCCUCAACCUGGUGAUGAAAUCGGGAAAACUGUUCAUGGGCACGAAAGCUUCCCGGAAAGCCAUUCGUGCAGGACAUGCAAAGAUCGUCGUGUUCGCACGCAAUUGCCCCCCUCUUCAGCGCGCCGAACUCGAGUAUCUUGCCAUGGUUUCGCGCACCGCGGUCCACCAUUACAGCGGAACGAAUAUUGAUCUUGGCACGGCCUGCGGGAAAUUAUUUCCCUGCUCUGUGCUCGUCGUUAUGGACCCCGGUGAUUCGGAUAUCAUUGAAUCUCCUGCUCCUGAUGCGUCCGAGCCUGAGCCUGCACCCGCGCCCUUGCCUCAUCUCAAAAUAUCCAAACUUUGA